CUUACUACGUGUCCCUUACGACCUCUUUUUUCUCCCCUUCUUCCUUCUUCUUUCUCACGCUCUCUCUCUCACAAACAAGCUAGAGUGUCUUCAUUUAAAGACCUCUUCUUCCUCUUUCUUCCUUUGCUAUAUUUUCCACACUAUUAUGUACCGCCCUUUUUUUUAAUUAGAGAGAGGCCAAUUAAUCCGGGUUGGCUUUUAUUAUUAUUAUUAUUAUUAUUAUUAUUUAUUUAUUCUCUAAUUUUCACAUUAUUUCAACAUCAUUACUCAAUUAAAGCCUACAUUAUAUAUAUACUUACUCCUUCUAAAUUAGUUCAACCACAUUAUCACACAUUUGUGAGUGUGUGUUUUUUUCAUCUUCCAUCAUCUAUCAAACUAAGGCUUAAUUAGCCUGGCCGAGUCGUGCUGUGUUGUGUCGUGCCUUGUUUUCGUUAUUCAGCUUGUUAGUGUUAGUGUAAGAAUGAGUGUAAAGAAGAACAUGGGGAAAGCUAGAUCGGUUAUAUUACUAACAGGAAGAGCCAUUAAUGAAGGGAUAAGCUUCCUAGUAUUUACAUUACUAGACCUUUUAGAUUUCAUCUUAUGCUUGGUGUACAAAAUUGCUGAUUUCGUUGUCGAGGCGGAGUGGAAGCCGUGUUACUGCUGCUCCUCCUCCGCCAAACAAGCCUUGGCCGUGACAAGCACCGGAAAAACCAUCUUGGUGUCGGAAAAGGGCGAGUCCACCAAGAUCGUCCGCCUUACCUCCACCAAGCUACAACUUGAAGAUGUCUCGGACACUCUCUACACUCGCCCUUCGAUAGUGUCCGAGAUCUCUAGAACCACCGUUAACCGCCUUAACAAACUCGACACCACCAGUAUCGUACACAAACACCACCACCUCCACCACCACAACCACCAAGCGUCGUCGGUUAUCUGUGAGAAGAUGAGUGCAAAAACGACGUCGAAUAAUAAGAAAGGAGGAACCACUACAUUUACUGUUAACUCCACUAUAAUUGAGAUGCUACAAGGGAAGAUCGGUGGUAUGCAAUCAUUUCCGAUUCCAAGGUGGUCGGAUUGCGAUUGUUCGACUUGUUGUUCUUGGACUACUUCAUCUAAGGAUGCCCUCUUUGUUCAUUCUGAUGGUGCUCAACUUGGAGACAAGGCAGGAACAGAGGAUGUGUUGUUUAUACAUGGGUUUAUAUCAUCAUCUAAGUUUUGGACAGAGACUGUGUUCCCGAAUUUCACAGCGGCAACGAAAUCAAAGUACCGCCUUUUCGCGGUGGAUUUGCUAGGGUUUGGGAGGAGUCCGAAACCAACGGAUUCACUGUACACUCUAAGAGAACACGUAGAGAUAAUUGAGCGUUCUGUAUUGGAAACCCACACGGUUAAAUCUUUCCACAUUGUCGCCCAUUCUCUAGGCUGCAUUUUGGCCCUAGCCCUGGCGGUUCGCCAUCCAUCCAAAAUCAAAUCACUCACCUUGAUCGCUCCUCCAUAUUUCCCGGUGCCUAAAGGAGAACAAGCCACACAAUACGUUCUAAGGAGAGUGGCGCCACGGCGAGUGUGGCCGCCGAUAGCGAUGGGGGCGUCGAUAGCAUGUUGGUAUGAGCAUAUAUCUCGGACAAUUUGCUUGCUCAUCUGCAAAAACCACCGAGUGUGGGAAUUUCUUGCCAAACUCGUCACCAGAAAUAGGGUACGAACAUAUCUAAUGGAAGGUUUCUUUCUACACACCCAUAACGCAGCUUGGCACACAUUACACAAUAUAAUCUGUGGAUCAGCAAGCAAACUUGAUAAAUACCUAGACGUUGUUAGGGACAAACUUAAAUGUAACGUGACCGUAUUCCAUGGUAGAGAUGAUGACCUUCUACCAGUCGAAUGCAGCUACAAUGUCCAAACAAAAAUACCAAGAGCUCAAGUUAAGGUAUUCGAUAAUAAAGAUCAUAUCACCAUUGUUGUUGGUCGUCAAAAGGCUUUUGCACGGGAGCUUGAGGCUAUUUGGUCAUCGUCUUCGAGUUCUUAAUUAAGCUUAAUUAAUCUUAAUUAAGCAAGAUUAAGCAAGAUUAAAGACUACUCUUGAAGUUUGAACAGCACAUACAUAUAUAUAUAAGGUUUCCCACAAGUUUUUCUAAUCUCCUUUUUUCUAGUAUAGGAGGAGGGGAAAAGGAGAAAUCAUCAUUUAACUACUCCGCCACAUUUUAUAAAAGACUGCCCUACAUUUUUAGGGCUUUUUUUUUUCUUUUCCUUUUUGAUUUUCCUCCUAUAAAAAAUCUAUAUAAAAAAAAAAAGAGUGUCAACUCCUAUUAAGGAAGGAGAUGUCAAAUUAUUAAUUGCUAGGCCAUUCGCAAUUGGGUGUGCAUUAUUGUUAAUUAAUCGCGUAGUUUUAAGCCAUAAGCUCAUUAUAAUUACUCAUAAUCUUAGCUUGUUUAUUUGAAAAGAGAAAAAUGUGAAUCCUUUUCCUUUUCUUCUUAUAUUAUUAGUGCAAUUUCCUACAUAUACAUAUAAUUUAUAGAAUGUAAUAUUUCGCACGAA